AUGGCAAGCUAUGGUGCAGAUUAUCAGCCUGCCAACCCCAGGGACGACUAUCGUGGGCAGCUCAUGCAAUGCGACAAAGUCUUCGCGAAGGUAGUCCACGCCAGCCGGCAAAUUGAGCCGUUGCUGACGCAAGCGAAUCAAGAAAGGCAGAAGGACCUUCGCGCCAAGUACGAGACACUGAAGGGAGUGGAACAGAUCUAUGCAGCUGUCAAAGACUUGCUUGAGACCAAGAGUUUGGCAAUUGGAAGCAGCUAUGAUCUGAGCGUUGAUGGAAGCGAAGAGAAAGACCAGUUCAACAAAGUGUAUGUGGAGAUGAAGCAAGUUCUGGACAUCCUGCAAAUCCGGCUGUACCGUAUUCUUGGACUCCCGGAUUCCUGGUUUGGCCUGAACAUGGGCUACGUCAGCAGCUGGGUGGAUGAGAACCCAAGGAAGGCUCUUGGUCUCGUGGUUGCGGGCGGCGCGAUCUUGGGCGGAGGUGCUGCUUACUACCAUGCCGCUAAUGGGUUCUGUCUCUUCUACCGCUUUUUCUAUGGUGCUGGGAAUGUCUGCGCUUGCAACUCUUGGGGCAUGGCGGCCAGCGCGGCUCUGGGUGCUGGGACAGGAGUGAUCUUCGUUGCUGUGGCUGUGCUUUGUGCUCAGCAACUCGUCCGCACCGUCAAGUACAAAGCAGCCGCCGAUCCAACCGAUCUUCAACAGGCCUUGGAAGUCGUGGAGCAUGUCAAGAAGUUGCCAGAUGCUGAAUUCAUCAACCAGCUCAGCAAGAUUUGCUUUGACAAUUAUGGCCAGUUUCCUAGUGACCCCCAGGUGCCGUGGCAACCAUUUCUCAUGCAAGAGCUGCUACGUGCAGAUGCUGGCCCGCUAUGGUUGAAGCAGUGGAAGAUCCUGUCCGGCGGCAAGAGGGCCGGGGCCGGGACCAUCCAGCUGGGCCUGAAGCUUUUCACGUUCUGCAACUUCAUAGGGGUGCUCUACCAGCUGAAGAAGAUCAGAGAGAUCGGCCUGGAGGAGCAGAAGCGCGACCAGCUUGGCAAGAGCUGGGAGGCUAUGCUGAAGCACGCGCUGAUCAUGAUUCAGACCGCCCACUUGUCGUUGCUCUUCCAGACCCACGAUGCGCUGGUCGGGGCCUGCGGCAUCAUCACCAGCAGUAUAGACUGCUACGCCCAAGUUCCUUUCAAGCCCAAGGCGCAGGCCAACGAGUCCAAGCCUGAGCCCAAGGCGGCUGCCAAGUGA